AUGGGCGCAGUGCAAAAUCUGCCCAAAUCACUCGAGUCGAUUUCUAGGCUCUACAGCGCGGAUUUCAAGAACGUUGUGCUGUGGCUAGUAGGGAAGCCUUCACCAGGCAAGACGGCCGACGAGCUUGGCCGGAUGCUAGGCAGUCACAUUGCCGACGAAGUAGAUUCUGCCCUCAACUAUGCUGACCUCUUGGAGAGCGGAUUGUCAAAGGAGUUGGAGAAUGCACGCUUGGUCAGACUGCUGUGCAAAUUUGGUUUCAUAAAUGAGCGCCCAGAGUGAGUGUAUGGUGUCAAGGGUUUGGUCUCUGCUUUUGCUGAGCUUCCUCCUGCGCGAUGCCAGAUUCGACCACGACCCCCGUUGGUCGGAGACGGGAGACCGCUACGUCAUCAAGUUGUUCCGCGACCACGUGUUCCACGCGGUCGACGAAACCGGACGGCCUCUUGUCGACUUGAGUCACAUUCUGAGCAACCUCAAUAAGCUAGACGCUGGCUCAGAGGAGCGCGUCAUGCUGACUAGCCGCGACGCCCAGAGCUGUCUCGUUGUCAGCUACCGAGAGGUGAGCGAGGGAAGAAUCGAUUCGAUGAGCGAUGCCUCUGCGAGUGCUCACGCCGUGCACAUGAUUGCAGAUCAAGAAUUGCGUGGAGGCUGCAUUUCAGGAUCUUUCGCGGGCACGAUGA